CACGAAAACUUAAUUUAUCUUUGAUAAAUCUAAUGUAUAAAUGCCCGUGUACUCUCGUCAACCGAUCACAUCUAACUAGCCAUCGGCUAACGAGAGUUUGCUCACUGAACGCAAGUCGACAGGAAACCCGACAUCACCGCCUUCAUCAUGAAGCUUUUGCUCCACUUCCUCAUCUUAGGCCAGGUUGGUCUGAUAUCACUGAUGGCAGUCUCUACCAACGCAAACCGAUGUGAGGACAUCCACGUCGAGGGGACCGGGACCAACCCAUGGGUUACCAUACCUGGUGUAAGCAGGUUCUGCUAUGCUUAUAGCAGUACUCCUUUCACUUGGGAGGCGGCCAAUCAGCACUGUAAGAGUCUUAGUAGUCCGGGUAAUGAAGAAGGGGAUCUGACAUCACUGGACAAUCCCGAAGAAGCAUCUGCCAUGUUCAACUAUUGGAGCAAUGCCGGAACCAAUCUAGAGUCGGGCUAUUGGAUUGGUCUAAAUCGAGGCGACGUCACCGGGCAAACUAGGAGGUGGACAGAUUACUCAAGGUUGAGGAUCAAUGACCAAGCCUGGCAAGAAGGAGAGCCAACCAACAACUGUGCGUAUGUGGCCAAUGAGGGCGCUACUGACGAAGAAAAGAUGAAAUGGAAGACCGCAUCUUGUUCUACAGUAACUAAACCGUUCAUCUGCGAGAGGAAGAACUACUUAUAAAUUGAGUUGAUAUUGAAUAGUAUCAAUUAAAACUAAGUAAUAAAAUCGAAUUCUGCAUGAUAAUGUGACAAAGCAAAGAUAUUGUUUAAUAAACUGUGACUGCAAUUCUUGUAGGGAAAUAUCACAAAAUGACAACUCCAAUUAUUCUCCACUGUCAGAAAUUACGUUGGCAUAUUUUUUGUUACAUCACAGCCAACAAUACCCCUGAUUAUCCAGGCGUAAUAAUAGUUAUACAAGGCCUAUGUACAACGGGUAUCACAUUAUUUGGGAGAAAUUGCUCUUCUUAGGUGUGUAUAAUGGUUGUGUGUUCAUACCUUAUAUUUCGCUCAUUAAAUCAGAAUUUUCGAGGAGUAAUUUUACUCUCAUCCUUUCGGUAUAUAACCCGUUAUAAAGUAUAAGAAUCUCCCCCUGACAUUUAAAUUUUCUGACGACGGAAAUAGGGCUAUAUUUGUUUCAAUCAUUUUAAUCACAUAAGCUACACUUUCAGUUAGGAUUGGGGGCUCUACACGCUUAUAAGUCUUAACACACUGCCCUAUUGAUAGAUAUGGGAUACAAUGAUAGCAUAUGAAUUUAUUUAAAACCCUCUUUACUAUUCGAAUUCCAACCGUAGGUUAUGUCCCUAAAGGUUGUUAAAUACAAUCGUCCUCUUAGUUUCAAGCAGGUUGAUUUCAUUAAACUAUAGAAAAUAAA